ACUUACCGGAUGAGCUUGGCAAGCUUAACCUUCAGAAGUUUAAUGUCCACAACAACAGCUUGUUUGGCACCAUCCCGAUUUCGAUGUUCAAUAUAUCAACUAUUAAGAUGAUGGAACUUUCAACCAAUCAGUUUUCAGGCCAUCUUGCUUCAACCAUUGGGCUUUCACUUCCGAAUCUCGAAGAGCUUUAUCUGGGUGACAACAGAUUCACUGGAGUAAUUCCAAGUUCUAUCAACAAUGCUUCUAAGCUUACAAUCUUAUCAAUGAGCACCAACUCUUUGACUGGCACCAUUCCCGACUUUGGUAAUCUAAGACUUCUACAGUACCUUCUUAUUGGAGAAAAUAAUUUGACAGGAGAAUCUUCGAGCCCGCAGUUGAGAUUUUUCUCUUCAUUAACAAAUUGCCGAUAUUUGAAGAUAUUUGAAGUAUCUUUGAAUCAGCUAAACGGUAUUCUCCCAGCAUCAAUUGGGAAUUUCUCCAGUUCUCUUCAUGCAUUCAAAGCAUUUGGAUCUCACAUUAAGGGGGCUAUUCCUGAUGAGAUUGGAAACUUGAGCAGCUUGGAAGGAUUAUAUUUAGAUAACAACCAGUUGACGGGAUUCAUCCCAAGAUCACUAGGGAAAGUAAGAAAUCUUGAACGUAUAUAUCUUGAACACAAUAGGCUUGAUGGAUACAUCCCAGCUGAGCUUUGCAAUUUAAGUAAUUUGGGUGACUUGUACCUAAGUAACAAUACGGUCUAUGGGUCAAUCCCAUCAUGCUUGGGCGAACUUAAAUCUUUCAGACAUCUCUACUUAGACUCCAACAGAUUGGAGUCUACUGUGCCUUUAAACUUGUGGAGCCUUAACGAUCUCCUGGAACUAAACUUGUCCUCGAACAGUUUAAGAGGCUCCCUACCUACGGAAAUAAAAAAUUUGAAGGUCGUCUACAUACUGGACUUGUCGCAAAAUCAAUUCUCAGGUGAUAUCCCAAGCUCUAUUGACAGCAUGCAAUCAUUGGUUUCACUAUCUUUUGCACAUAAUAAAUUUCAAGGAGCUAUCCCUGCGUUUCUAGGAAACAUAAAAGCCUUGGAAUCCUUGGAUCUCUCCUAUAAUAAUUUUUCUGGAUUGAUUCCGAAGUCAUUAGAGGCACUCAACUAUUUACAACAUUUUGAUGUGUCUCACAACAGACUAGAGGGAGAGAUUCCUGAUGGGGGUUGUUUUGCAAAUUUUACUGCUCAAUCAUUUGUGCAGAACUAUGCUCUCUGCAGUGAAACUCGACAUCAAUUUCCACAUUGUGGUAAAACACCUGAAAGAUCAAAGUCAAAGAUUGUGGUCGCAUUAAUGAAAUAUAUUCUCCCCCCAAUCAUAGCAGUUAUUCUUGCAAUGAGCAUAACAAUUUUGAUGAUAAGACGAAAAUCAUACAGACAAGUACCGAAGAGCGAAAAUUCAUUAGGUAUUUCAUGGAGAAGGAUUUCUUAUCAGGAACUUCGACAAUCAACAAAUGCCUUCAAUGAAACCAACAUUCUUGGAAGUGGAAGUUUCAGUUCAGUUUAUAAAGGAACACUUUCUGAUGGAUUGAAUGUUGCAGUGAAAGUAUUUAAUUUGCAUUCAGAACGAAUAAGCAAGAGUUUUGAUAUGGAAAGUGAGGUAUUGAGCACCAUUCGCCAUAGGAAUUUAAUCAAAAUCAUUGGAAGUUGCAGCAACACAGAGUUCAAAGCCUUGAUACUGGAGUUCAUGCCUAAUGGGAGCCUGGAAAAAUGGUUAUAUUCCCACAACUAUUUCUUGGACAUGCUAAAAAGAUUAAAUAUAGCAAUUGAUGUUGCACUGGCUUUAGAAUAUCUUCAUCACGGUCUGACAUUCACCGUCCUUCAUUGUGAUUUAAAGCCUAGCAAUGUACUGCUUGACGAAGUUAUGGUUGGUCACGUUUCUGAUUUUGGUAUGGCCAAACUCUUUGGUCAAGGGGAGUCAAUGGCUCAAAUGAAGACCUUGGCAACAAUUGGAUAUAUGGCACCAGAAUAUGGAACUGAAGGAAUAGUAACCACUAGUGGCGAUGUCUACAGCUUUGGUAUAAUGCUGUUGGAGAUGUACACGAGGAAGAAGCCGAGAGAUGAAAUGUUUGGUGAACAAAUGAGCUUGAAAAUCUAGGUUAGCCAAUCUUUAAGUGAAGAUAAGAUAACUGAAGUUGUGGAUACC